AUGAUUAGAAGUGAUAGGCACAAAGCACGGGGUAACGGUACAAGUGGUUUUGAAUUCAGAGUUGUGUCUACCUCACAGAAAGUUCUGGAUUUUGUUUCGAUGGAACAGAAUUCCCCUGCACAACACUAUUUGAAACAAAUCCUUGGUAUCUUUAAGAGGAUUCGUGCUGUUAGUUCCACUCUAGAAUCUACUUUCGUCUCGGGGAAAGAAGAAUCUGCACAACUACAACCGCCUCGCUUGGCAUUUUUGCACGUCUGCAACUGGCUCGGCGGUCACGUGUGUGUCACAGCUGAUGCAAUCUCGAGGAGAGUUGCUGGUGCUAUUAGUAUUGCUACACUGACUCAAAGUAACACAACUCAGAGUAACAUGACUCAAAGUAACAUGACACAAAGUAACACAACUCAAAGUAACAUGACUCAAAGUAAUAUGACACAAAGUAACAUAACUCAAAGUAACAUGACACAAAGUAACAUGACUCAAAGUAACAUGACACAAAGUAACAUGACUCAAAGUUACAUGACUCAAAGUAACAUGACUCAAAGUAACAUGACACAAAGUAACAUGACUCAAAGUAACAUGACACAAAGUAACAUGACUCAAAGUUACAUGACUCAAAGUAACACGACUCAAAGUAACAGAACUCAAAGUAACAUGACUCAAUGUAACAUGACUCAAAGUAACACAACUCAAAGUAACAUGACUCAAAGUAACACGACUCAAAGUAACAGAACUCAAAGUAACAUGACUCAAUGUAACAUGACCCAAAGUAACAUUACUCAAAGUAACAUGACUCAAAGUAACAUGACUCAAAGUAACAUGACUCAAGGUAACAUGAAUCAAAGUAACAUGACUCAAAGUAACAUGACUCAAUGUAACAUGACACAAAGUAACAUAACUCAAAGUAACAUGACACAAAUUAACAUGACUCAAAGUAACAUGACACAAAGUCACAUGAGUGAAAGUAACAUGACUCAAAGUAACAUGACACAAAGUAACAUAACUCAAAGUAACAAGACUCAAAGUAACAUGAUACAAAGUAACAAGACUCAAAGUAACAUGACUCAAAGUAACAUGACUCACAGUAACAUGACACAAAGUAACACGACUCAAAGUAACACGACUCAAAGUAACAUGACUUAA